GAGGCGGCGGGGCAGGGGAGAGCCGCGGGCUCCCCGCCCGUUGGCCCGAGCGCGGCAGCCGGCUAGGGUUACCUGCGGCCGGUGGGCGGGGCGCGGGGCCCUUCCCGUCUGCGCCGGCCCCCGGCCUCCAGGGCGGCGGAGCCGGGAAGUGGGAGUCGGAGUUGGAGGAGGCGGAGACUGCCGAGGCUCGAGCCCGGCCAGCCUCCGCGGCGAGGGGCUGCAUGGAGCGGCCUGGGCAACUUUGCGGGCUGUGGGCGCUGCUGCUCUGCGCUGCUGCUGCUGCCGCGCACCCCGAAACUCAGCCCCCUGUGACAAAUUUGAGUGUUUCUGUGGAAAAUCUCUGCACAGUCAUUUGGACAUGGAAUCCUCCGGAGGGAGCCAGCCCGAAUUGUAGUCUGCGAUAUAUUACUCAUUUUAGCAACAAACAGGAUAAGAAAAUUGCUCCUGAAACUCAUCGUUCAAUGGAAGUACCCCUGAAUGAGAAAAUAUGUCUGCAGGUGGGAUCACAGUGUGAUAGCAAUGAAAGUGAAAAACCAAGCAUUUUAGUGGAAAAGUGCACCUUACCCCCUAGAGGUGAUCCUGAGUCGGCUGUGACUGAAAUAGAAUGCAUUUGGCACAAUUUGAACUAUGUGAAGUGUACUUGGCUGCCAGGAAGAAACACAAGUUCUGAUACAAACUAUACUCUCUACUAUUGGCACAGCAGCCUCGGAAAAAUACUGAAGUGUGAAAACUUCUCUAAAGAAGGUGAACACAUUGGUUGUUCCUUUGCUCUGACUAUGCUGGAAGAUUUCAGUUUUGAACAAUAUAAUGUCCAAAUAAUGGUCACGGAUAAGGAGGAAAAAAUUAGGCCGUUCUUCCAUAUAGUGCAUUUAGCGUCUCAUGUGAAACCUGAUCCUCCACGAAUUAAAAGUCUUUUCUUCCACAAUGGCAACUUGCAUGUGCAAUGGGAGAACCCACCAAAAUUUUUGAGCAGAUGCUUAUCUUAUCAAGUCGAAGUCAACAGCAGCCAUCCUGAUGGACACAAGAUUUUAUCUGUUGAAGAGGCCAAAUGUCAGAAUUCAGAAUUUGGGGAAAACAUGGAGGGUACAAUUUGUUUCAUGAUCCCCGCCAUUUUUCCUGAUACUUUGAACACAGUGAGAGUAAGAGCUAAAACAAGUAAGUUAUGCUAUGAAGAUGACAAGCUCUGGAGUAAUUGGAGCCAAGCAAUGCAUAUAGGUGAGAAUGCCAAGACCACUCUGUACAUAGCCAUGUUACUCAUCAUUCCUGUCAUCGUUGCAGCUACAAUCAUAAUCCUCCUACUCUAUCUUAAAAGGCUCAAGAUCUUCAUAUUCCCUCCAAUUCCUGACCCUGGGAAGAUUUUUAAAGAGAUGUUUGGAGACCAGAAUGAUGAUACCCUGCACUGGAAGAGAUAUGACAUCUAUGAGAAGCAAACAAAAGAAGAAACUGACGUAGUAGUGCUGAUAGAAAACCUGAAGAGAGCCGCUCAGUGAUGGGGAUAAUUUAUUUGAACCUUCAAAUGUGACCUUGUGAAGACUUCUCCCAUUCUUCAUUCGUUAUCUGGGAACUUGGGAAAUGGGAAUGGAAACUACUGGACCUUUAAAAAACAGGCAGCUCUUAAGAGUCACAGGUUUCUUUAUGUUGAGUGGGAAGGUCCCUUUGGAGGAAAGAGUGGUGCCGUUCUUGCUGAAUCAGAAAAGCUGGCAUUCUUUGCAAGGGCAUCAAACUAGGUAACAGAAAAAAAUGAGGGUGCACUAAAAUUAAUCUCAUAAGAGUUGUGACAACUUCCUGCGUGCAUUAUGCUUGCUUUGUAUUCUUUGUGUCAAACAAUACCAACAAAAAUGUAUUUGUGGAGGAACUAAUUUUGGGUGCAAAAGCUAAUGCCAGACUUGAGUCAUAGAGAAUUUCUAGACAACAAAAGAGCGACUAUAUAUCUUAUCUGUUGCGUGGGAUCCUACUGAGUAGUGGUUGUGACUACUAGAAAAACUUGUAAUAGUUCAGAAUCAUCAUCCGCAUCAGCAACAAUUCUACUGCUUUGAAAGGUCCAGGCCUCAGUGCUAGCUCCCCUUGUGUUAACUACGGAAAAGGAGGGGCAACUUAUUACCAAACAAGAGCUUACAAAGUCAUGGGAGACUUUGAAGGACAGUGGUGGCAGAAUGAAUUAUUGGGUGAUUGAGUUUGAAUCAUGUGGUCUCUUCAACUGAUUUUUUCCCUUCACCACAGCUACUCAAAUCAUGUGCUAAGUAUCCAUAUUGUGCUAAGUAAGCCCCCAGGUAUGAGGUAGUUAUCUAAUUAAAACUCCUGAAUUCUUAUAUAAAUGUCACCAGUCAUUUGUUCAUCUUUUUCUUCCUCAAUUCCUACACUCAUUCUCCCCACACUCUAUUUACUGCAGUCUUUCAUCAUUUAGAAUUUGAAUAGGAAUCUGCUUAGAACACCUAAAAGAGCAGGGACUCACAUGCACCUCAAUAAAGAGCAAGGAGACUGAAACCCCAUAUCUAGUGCUUGAAUAUUUUGUCUCUUCUGUUGAAUCUGCAUUUACUUGAACAUUUAAGCAUUACAUAUUUCUCCCUGCCUUUUCGAAAUGGGAGUUAUUAGCUUCAGUUACAAGUUUUCUUUGCUUAAAAUUGUGCUGUUUCCUCUCUCUUUAUAGCCUGAACUUAGGAUUUCUCUUGUUUCCUUACUCUAUCAGUGGGAACAAAGUAGGUUUUCUGUCUUUCAUUGAUAGCUGACAUUUAAAGCAUCAUAGUUGGUUUCACUUCUUCUUUUUAACCUAUAUGAGGUUUCAUUUUUACCCCUCCCUUCAUGUCCAUAUAUAUAUGUACCCUCUACCCUGGUACUUCCUUUAAAUUUAAGGAAGUAUGGAAAUGAUUUUCUUUGGGUCAAAAAAAUCAUCGAUGGGCUGGAGUGAUAGGACAGCAGGUAGGGCGUUUGCCUUGCACGCGGCUGACCCAGGUUCGAUUCCUCCGCCCCUCUCGGAGAGCCAGGCAAGCUACCGAGAGUAUCUUGCCUGCAUGGCAGAGCCUGGAAAGCUACCCGUGGCAUAUUUGACAUGCCCAAAACAGUAACAAGUCUCACAAUGGAGACGUUACUGGUGCCCGCUCGAGCAAAUUGAAGAGCAAUGGGAUAACAGUGAUACAGUGAUGACAGUGAUACUGUGAUGGAAAUGAUAAGUCCCACCUAGUUUUCUUUUUUUCCCCUCAUAAAUAGACUCAGAUUACCCAUAGGAAUGUAAGGAUUUUCUAUGCAAGUUCUCCAGACACUCAACCAUUAAUAUUAAUAUGAUGAUGAUGCAUGCAAUUCUUUCUUAGUAGAAGGGAGAUCAGAGAUAUCUGUUCACCUCACAUUUAGGGAAAAAGUGGUAACCUUUUUGUACCACAGUGGAGGAUAACCAGGCCUGGGCUUUCCUGAGGAAAUUAGGGAUGAGAAACUUAGAGGAGUUUCUUACGUUAAGAAAACUUAAGGAAACUUAGGUGGGAACCCUCGAUGUAGGGCAAUCAAAGACAAUAAAUGUUGCUUCUCUUUAUUUUUGAGUCAGACAGAGGCUGGAAAAUAAGCAUAGUGGAGGAUCUGCUUUAUUCUACUGUUCUCUAGAAAGAUUGGUUUCCCAUGUAGGCAUAAGAUUGUUUCCUAGCCAGGUGUUUCUAAUGCUGGGAAAUGAAACACCAAAAUGCCUCAUAUUAACCAAUUUUAUGGUUAUCCAAUGUAUAUUUAGCACUUGAUGGUGCUCUGUAAUCAAAAGACCUCCCUGGCCUGAAUCUCAGUGCUGUGCUCAGAAGUGACACCUGGCAGUGCUCACAGCACCAUAAGUGGUGAAAGGGAUAGAAUCAGGCUUGGCUGCAGUGAGCAAGGAAAGUGCCUUAGCCCCUAUGAUAUCACUACUAUCUCUCUAGCUCUUUCAUCUUCCUCUCUUAGUAAUGAAAUUGUUGAGGGAAAAUGGGUCAUUGAAUCAUGGGAGUUCCUCUGUCUGUUUUAUAAUUGUUGGGAGGAGAUCCACAAGUCUUGGGAGAUAGUGAAAAUUUUAAUACAUCAGUGAAAUACCCCUCCAUCUAUAGGAAACUAGUCGGUUCAUUUACUACUUUAUGUCUAACUUGGUAUGGAUUUUUUCCCUCUGGAUAACUCAGUAAACCCACUGUAAAGAUGCUCAUGCUUAUUUAUCACUCAGAGACUCACGGGGGGUACAGAAGGGAUAUGUGAAACAAUGUUAAUAUUCUUUUUUGGUAAUGUUUUAAACUAGGGAUCAUUUUGUUUAACCACUUAUAGGAAAGCUUGAGUAAAUAAACAUGAAUUGUCUUUUGUAUGUCA